UUCCAGGACAGCUGAGGAGCUGUUAAUGUGAGCGGCGCGUUCCUGUUCAUCUCACCUGUAACACUGAGCCGUUUCAACCCGCUGAGAGCAGGGUUCGUGUCAUGGGCGACAAGAAGAGCCCUACAAGGCCAAAGAGGCAGUCCAAGCCGUUCUCCGAUGAUGGGUUCUGGGACUGCAGCGUGUGCACCUUCAGGAACAGCGCUGAGGCGUUCAAGUGCAUGAUGUGUGACGUCAGGAAGGGGACGUCAACUCGAAAGCCACGGCCUGUUUCUCAGCUUGUGGCACAGCAAGUUAAUCAGCAGUUUGCAUCACCAACACAUCCCAAAAAAGAGAAGAAGGAAAAAUCAGAGAAGGACAAAAGUGACAAAGAACCCACAUUGAAAAGAAAAAACUAUAGAAAGAAGGGGCCCAGAUUAAAAAACAUAGACAGGAGCAGCGCCCAGCAUCUGGAGGUCACAGUUGGAGACUUGACUGUAAUUAUCACAGACUUUAAAGAGAAAGUCAAGCCCGUUUCUUCCUUGGCGAGCGUUGCCUCUGCAGACCAACACAGUCAAAGCGGCUCGAGCUCGGACAACGCUGAACGGGGGGUCUCCAGGUGCUCCUCGCCUCGCGGGGAAGGCUCCUCAAUUAACGGGGAGACUCGCUAA